AAAAAGAGGCAUCACCAACUCAGAACAAUACUCUGUGGGAGAUGUAAGCUGCUGUCUCAUGGGCACAUGGUAACUGCUGUUGGUGGCCAUGGUGGCUAUUCCGGUGGUAAGCAGUUCAUUUUAGCCGAGGAACUAAGAGAAAAGCUUUCAGACAUUCGCUAUGACAAAGUUCUAAUAGUUAAACUGGUUGACAUAGUUGAUUUCAAUGGCAGUUUUCUGGCCCGUAUACGUGAUAUUGCUGGUGCUAAUCCAAUAAUACUAGUUGUAACAAAGGUUGAUCUCCUUCCCAAGGGUACGGAUUUGAAUUGUGUGGGUGACUGGGUUGUGGAAGCUACCAUGAAGAAGAAGCUCAACGUCAUCAGUGUCCACCUUACUAGUUCGAAGUCUUUGGUGGGGAUUGCUGGAGUUAUAUCAGAGAUUCGAAAGGAGAGAAAGGGACGGGAUGUCUAUGUUCUGGGAUCAGCCAACGUUGGAAAAUCUGCUUUCAUCAGUGCUAUACUUAAGAUGAUGGCAAAAAAGGAUCCGGUGGCUGCUGCUGCUCACAAGUACAAACCAAUGCAGUCUGCUGUGCCUGGAACAACGCUAGGCCGCAUUAAAAUUGAAGCUUUUCAAGGAGGUAAUUUUUUCGACACACCAGGAGUACAUCUUCAUCAUCGGCAAGCUGCAGUUGUUCAUUCUGAAGAUCUUCCUUCACUUGCACCUCAAAGUCGUCUCAGGGGGCAAUCAUUCCCUGUGAUGUCAAAAAGUAAUCUUGCUGCUACAGACACUAUUGGUUUAAAUGGAUUCUCAAUAUUCUGGGGUGGUCUUGUGCGGAUUGAUGUUCUUAAGGUUUUGCCGCAGACAUGUUUGACAUUUUUUGGACCACGCAAAUUGCCGAUUCUUAUGGUCCCAACUGCUGAAGCUGAUGAGUUUUACCAUAAAGAGGUUGGAGUUUUGUUGACACCUCCAUCUGAAAAGCAAAGGGAGCUCUGGCCAGGACUUCAAUCUGUGUCUCAGUUGAAAAUAAAAUUUGAAGACCAAAAGAGGUAUUCUACUUUGUUUAAAUUACUGGCAGUUUAAUGAUAAUGUGACCAUGCAAACAAAAGAAGACAAAGCAACCGUCAUCUCAUGAAAAAAAUAUCAUAUCAUAAUCCUUUCCAAAAUGCCACAGCUAUGCCAGGCCAUAUUAUGGAAGGUAUUGUUCAGUUUAGCCCAGACAUCUCAUACCACAUUACAUCUUACUGUUUUAUCCUUUGUUGUGUACUUCCCUGGCGGCACUCAUCCUAGGAAUACUCUGCUAUUAGAAAUUAUACAUUAGAUUAGGGAUGUCAAAUCUAGUUCAUGGGUCGGGUUUAAGGUUGAUUCGAAUUUGACCGAACCAAAACUUCUUGAUCUGAAACAGACCCGAUUCGAAACCUACUCAAAUUGGACCCGCAUAACUCAUUUAAUAUAUAUGAAUAAUAGUAAAUUUCACAUCAAAUUCUAGUUGACGGGUCCAAUUUCAGUUUGAUUGGUUAAUUACGGGUUGGCGGGUCUAACUCGAACCUGACUCGAAUAAUUAAACGUGUUGGGGUUUUGGAUCAGAACCAUACUCAAAAUUUAACAGGUCAACCCGAACUUAAAUUUUUUGAGUUAGCAUGUCAUGUUAAUUUUUGAUACCCUCAUCUUACAUCGAAAGGUGCAUUUUGGUGUAACUGAUGAAUUCUCCGUGGUAACUCCAUAAUUAAGUGUGCUCAUUAUGAAACACACUUGAGUUUGGUGGCCUCUUGAACAGUUAUAUUAAAAAAAAGGAUAACAUCGCUAGUUUAAGCCUCUCGCAUAGUACGAUUUAGGCCGUUAUAUAUACACUACAUACUGAUGAAAAAAAAUUCCUCCAAAGAAGUUUAAAAAUAUCAGCUUUUUAUAGCUAGCAGUAGACACGAUGCAAAUAACAUGCUUUUCAUGAACUGUUCCCCCUUGAUAAAGGAUAAAAGGCAGAUCAAUUUGUUGCAGUUAAACAAAUAAUAUGCUUGCUUUUCUGCGUCCAUAUUUAAUCUCAGGAACAUCUACAUGCAUACCACACGAUUCAUAUGUAUUUGCAUAUCACUCAAAUUCACUUUUUAUGUAUAGAUUUGUAGCACCAUGGUGUUAAAAAUGUAAAUAAUCAAACUUUAGGUGUUCGAUAUGCAAAUCCAUAAGAAUUGUGGUGCCUAUCUAAAUUUACUUAAUCCUAUCAUGAAACAAAUAUCCUUGC